AUGCAGAAAUGGAUUGCUGUCUCUUUUGUCAUGAUGAUGAUAUUCAGCUGGAUCGUAUUCGGAUUGAUUUCAAUAAAAAUAUACUGGAAGCGGAAACGCAACAUAUUUGGGAAUACAUUAAGUGGAAGAUUAAUUCUAUUUAAUGACGGUCUUUUAUAUUUAGCGGCAAAUGCUCUUUUUCAGUUGAUAAAUAUUAUCUUUAUCUUUGCUGGAAAAGACUAUAUAAUUCGAUUUGCAAAUGUGACUCCUGCAUUCUUGGUUACUUCCGUGUGUUGUCAACGAUUGCUGGUAUUAGGCGCGACAUCAACCAAACAUCACUCUUCAAUAAUUCGAUCCACCUUACCUUCAUUCCAUCAAGACAAUAACAAUCCGAUCUUUCCACAACAAAGCAAUGAAUCCUCUAUAAUUAACAAUAAUGCUCCUGAAUUUCCACCAUCAACAGUUCACCGUCCUCAUCACCCAACCUUACAAACUCUUUCUGUACAUUCUCAAUUUCCUGCUAGCAUUACGAUUGAUCCUCCAACACCCAUAAUGAACUCGGACUUCUCCUCUUCUUUACUUUCUAUAAUGAACAAUUUCACUUCUAUGAACAAUCACACGUUAAAUAAUCAUUUACAUAAUUCGCUGAGUAGUUUACAUAGCUUUGGCAAGAAUAGCAGUAGCCAUGAUACAAUGAAAAGUCGUCAUUCAAAUAAUUCCAAUAGCAAUCAUUCCUCAAACCUUAGUUUUCAUCAAAACCCUGAGAGUAGCUCUUCGCUACAGGCAAACUCCAAUUCACAAAAUCAGACAAGGAGUAGUCAUGAAAGUGGACGUUCGAAUAGGUCCAUCUUAACUACUAUACAAAAUGUUUUUAGAAGCAGUCGAGAAGGCAGAUCACGUGAUGAAGAGAAUGAUCCGAAUGACGUUUAUUACUUUAGGUAUAGUAAUGUAGAAAAUGAUGAGGAUGUAUACAUGUUUCCGAAAACUCCUUCACGUCCUGCCCUACGAAAAUAA